AUGCUGGGGGAUGCCGUGGUGCAGGGCAUGGACCUGCUGAUCCGGGCCGGCCUGACCCAUGCCAGCUCCCUGCAGCUGGUGGCUGAUGUGUGGGACAGGGCUGCCCAGCACUGCGGCGCGAGGGACCUCAUCCCCAUCUUCCUGGCAGCCACCGGGACCCUGGCGGGCGAGCGAGGCGACGAUCCCCAGGACCCCGGCGUCCUGUUGCUCACGCAUGCGCUUCGCGCGCUGGGCACGCUGGCACCCCGCGUGCAUCGCGGCGGCACCUGGGUCGCCCGCGACGUGGCAGCGCUGGUCACGCGCCUGCUGCAGGACUGCGGUCCGCUGCCCCUCCCCGCCCUGGAAGCCUGCGAGGGGGUGCUGAGCGGCGCCCGGCGCGCCACCGCCUCAGGGCCCUGCGACCUCCAGACCGAGCUGGCGCUGGCCGGCGCGGCGCUCACGCAUCACACGUUGAGGGGCCUUCCGAGCCCGGCGGGCGCUGCGGGACCGGUUGCCCCCGAGUACUGGGCCGAGGCCCUGUCGGCAGCCUGGGGCGGGGAUCACACAAAUCUACUCGCUCGGCUCCUCCAGGACCCCCCAGGGGGCCUGCCGGCCCUUGUCAGCCUGAGCAUCUCUGAGAUGUCGGGUUCCAGGAGGCGUUCGGGGGACGCCGGCGCUGCCGUCAUCCUCGCCCUGAGCAGCCGCCUGUUUGGCAGAAUCGCAGGCCCCCCCACCUAUGACAGCACGGUCAUCUCCUUCGACACUGUGCUUGCGGCAGCAGCGCGCCUGCUGCGCCCGGGCUGCGGCGCGGGCCUGCUGGCGCUGGCGUGCCUGGCCCUGACCCGGGCUGUCGCGGGGAAGGGCAAGGCCGCUGAUGUGCCAUGGGGAGGGACCCAGGACGGCUGGGCGGUGGCAUGCAUCACCGCCCUGCACUCCCCCAUGGCCCCGGCCCUGGCGCCCCCGGCAGCCCACGCCUCGAGAUCGCUGUGGUGCCGCAUUCCGCAGCCGCACCAGGAGCCGGUCCUCCGCAGGCUGCUGCGCCAAGACGCCCCUCCCGAAGCAGUUCGCGGCGGUCUGACCCUCCUCUCCAGCGCCGAGCACCCCUCCCUGCUUCCCCUGGCCCUGACCACGGCCACAGACGCCAGCCUGACCGAAGCAUUCAGCGAAGAGCCCUGCACCUGGCUGGAGCUCGCCACGCUGCAGGCCUCGCUGCUGCUGCGCCAAGCCCUGCGUGGCGGCAGGCUGCCUCUGGACCGCCUGCACGCCACGCUGGAUUGGGCGCUGGAGGCGCUGGCUCGCCCGCAGGCCUGA